GUCGUCCUGCUCUGUAGCGGUGGGCGCUCCAGUGACCCGCUGCGGGGAUCAGUUCGGCUCGGUCCGGUCCAGCUCGGCUCGGCUCGGCUCGGCUCGGCCUCCGCUCCGGACGGGUUUAUUAUGAAUCUGGUCCCCGUGAGACUCCGGUUGUGGACGUCUCUGCUGGUGAAAGGCGGGUCUCUCUCAGGUCUCUCUCCCCGUGGUCCGGAUCCGCUGACCCCCCCACGUGGUGGACCCGGCCUCCCCCGGACCGUGUCACUCCUCUUCCGGACCAUGGCGACCCAGACCGGGGGCCGCGUCCCGGAGCAGCAGCCCGUGCCCCGGAAGACCAGGCAGAGGGAGCCGCUGCGCCGCGUGAAGACCAAGGAGAGCCGCGGGAAGCGGCGGGACCAGCACGGACCCAGCACCGUGUUCCUGCAGGUGGUCGGGGCCGGGACCAGGGACAGCCCGGCGGCGGUCUACGUCUUCUCCGAGUUCAACAGGUAUCUGUUCAACUGCGGGGAGGGAACCCAGAGACUGAUGCAGGAGCACAAGCUGAAAGCGGCUCGCCUGGACAACAUCUUCCUGACCCGGCUGAGCUGGCAGAACGUGGGAGGACUGUCAGGGAUGAUCUUGACGCUGAAGGACACCGGCGUCCCGGAGUGCGUCCUGUCCGGACCGCCGCAGCUGGAGAGCUACGUCCACGCCAUCAAGUCCUUCUCCGGCCCGCUGGAGGACAUCCGGCUGUCCGUGCGGCCGUACACCGAGGGGACGUACGUGGACGACACCAUGACGGUGGACCAGGUGCCGCUGUUCGCCGAUAAGUCGUCCCCCCAGAGGAGCCCCACCCACCGCGACCAGGACCACGACCGGGACCAGGACCAAGACCAGGACCAGGAUCCAGGAGAGAGACGACCGACCAGAGACCCGUCGUUAGUGGUGGCGUUCAUCUGCAAGCUUCACCCGAGGAAAGGAAACUUCCUGGUCCCUGAGGCGAAGCAGCUGGGGCUUCCUGUCGGCACGGCGGCCAUCGGCCCCAUGAUCGCCGCUCUGAAGGCCGGCAGCAGCAUCGUGUUCCAGGGGAAGGAGAUCCGCCCGGAGCAGGUGUGCACCCCGGCAGACCCAGGCCCGGUCUUCCUGGUCCUGGAGUGUCCGUCGGAGGACUUCGUGGCGGCGCUGUGGAGCAGCGAGCAGCUCAGGAGGUACCAGGCGGCCGGACCGGAGGACCCCGCCGUGCUGGUGGUCCACAUGACUCCGGAGUCGGUGCUGCGGUCGGACCGGUACCAGCGCUGGAUGGAGAGGUUCCCGUCCGGCACCGAGCACCUGAUCCUCAACGAGCACGCCUGCACCGUCCACAACGUCCGCAGCCACAAGAUCCAGGCCCAGCUCAACAUGAUCCACCCCCACAUCUUCCCCCGGCUGCACACCUGCAGGGCCCAGGAGCCCCAGGCCGCCCUCCACGUCCCCAACGUCCGGGCCGAGUGUCUGCUCAAGUUCCAGCUCAGACCCGUCCUGGAGUGGCAGAGAGACGCCAUCCCGUCCUGCAGCUCUGAGGACUUUGUGAAGGAAGCUUCAGAAGUGCCGAACUUCCUGUCGGAGGUGGAGCAGUGCAGGAAGCUUCUCAGCAGCGCCGCAGCAGAACCUUCCGGUCGGCGGUACCCGGAGGUGGUCUUCCUGGGGACAGGUUCUGCUCUUCCCAUGAAGAUCCGGAACGUCAGCGGGACUCUGGUGAACAUCAGCUCCACCCAGGCCCUGCUGCUGGACUGCGGCGAGGGAACGUUCGGCCAGCUGUGCCGGCACUACGGAGACCAGGUGGACGGCGUCCUGUCCAGGAUCUCCACCGUCUUCAUCUCACACCUGCACGCCGACCACCACACGGGCCUGCUGAUGCUGCUGUACCAGCGGGAGCGAGCGCUGAGAGCCGUGGGGAAGCCGGUGGGACCCGUCCUCCUGCUGGCGCCGGUCCAGAUCAUGUCCUGGCUCACCCAGUACCACGACCACUGCCAGGAGAUCCUCGGCCACGUCAGCCUCAUCCCGAACCGGUUCCUGUGUGAGAACGCCGAGACGCCCAGACCCAGAACCCGGUCCCUGAUCCAGACCCUGCUGAAGCAGAACGACCUCCAGCAGUUCCAGACCUGCGCCGUGCGGCACUGCAGGAACGCCUUCGGCUGCAGCUUCCGCCACCGGGCCGGCUGGAAGCUGGCCUUCUCCGGGGACACCAUGCCCUGCGAGGCGCUGGGCCGCAUCGGGAGGGACGCCACCCUGCUGAUCCACGAGGCCACGCUGGAGGACGGGCUGGAGGACGAGGCGCUGGACAAGAGGCACAGCACCACGUCCCAGGCCAUCGCCGUGGGCGUGAAGAUGAACGCAGACUUCAUCCUGCUGAACCACUUCAGCCAGCGCUACGCCAAGAUCCCGCUCUUCAGCCAGGACCUGGACCAGCGGGUGGGCGUGUCCUUCGACCACAUGAGGGUCGGCCUGGACGAGCUGAAGCUCCUCCCCCGACUCCUCCCGGCGCUCAAGGCCCUGUUCGCUGAGGACAUCGAGGAGAUGGAGGACCGGCGGGACAGGAGGGAGCUGAAGGGCCUGCGGGGCAGCGGCGGGGACGGCGGGGACGGUGAGGACGGCGAAGACGGCGCUGACCCGGGCCGGCCCGCCAAACGAGAGCGGGUGGAGCUGGAGGCGCAGCGCUGCCAGACCAAGAGGCUGAAGAGCAGCUGAGGUGCUGCGAGACGGACCGCGGGACGGACUGGCUUUCUUUCAGGGACCGCAGAGCGCUCCGUCUCUGCCGUGUUUUGGAACCUGAGUUUGAGUUUUGAUGAAAUGUUUUCAGAGCGAGAGACGGACGAGUCCCGGACAAUUCUUCAGUCAGAGCGCGGAGGUUUUCAGUUUCAGGUCAGACCGGCGGGCUGCUCAAUAAAAGACUCCGUGUGGAAUUUGAGUCUUCCUGCAGCGUUUCUCCUCCAGGGGGCGCCAGACCACAGCGGAACA